AUGUCGACCGAUCCACUAGAAGAUCUAGCCGCCCCGUACUCCACUUGCCGUGCCAACAGCACUCAUCCAAGUCACGGCCGCGACACCCACAGAAACGGGCCCCAGCGUGAAUCUGACAUCAUCUCCGUCUUUUUCGCUUUCGCCGUCAUCGACGAGCCGAGGUACCACGGCCUCAUCCCCGCCCGUGGGGCUCGAAAGAGUCUUACCCCCAAGGAGAAGAUUGAAGUUGUGUGUUCAAGACUGCUUGUUCAGUUGAUCAUACUCGGGACCUUGGCUUGGCAUACCAUUCGGAAGCGAAGAAUCGCCGCCGCCGCCGCCAUCGACACAGACCGCUCAACUUCUUCCGAUGACGUACAACCUUACCUCCAGCAGGAAAACGAGCUUGAAGCCGAGGAGACGAGAAAACACGAACUGCAUGCGGACGAGCAGAGGUACGCAUUUGCAGAGGAGACCAUCCAUGAGAUGCAGGACGGAGAUCAUGAUCACGGGAUACUCACACAAGGCAGACCUCGCUCAGAGCAACGCACGAAUCGAAACGUGCAGAGCAUUCGAAAAAAGCCCGAAGCGCGCGAGCACUUCUACUGA